AUGAAGAAAAACAGAAAAAUAAAUAUAUUUAUUAUUUCAUUUGAAAAUUUAGCAAAAGAUAGUGCUACAGUCAAGCUAUGUGAAAGUGACGAUGGAUUAAAAACAAUUGUUGAUCUACCUGGCGAUCUUUUAAUCAUUUCACAAGCAACAUUAGGUGGUCGUCUUAAUGCACGUCGUUUUCAAUAUCAUAAUAAUAUAAAUAAAGAUAUUGGUCUUGAAUAUUAUGAUAGACUUGUUUCAAAUUUACGUGAAUUAUGUAGUCAAAAUAAAGAUAAUGUUGUUCAUGCAGGAUCCUAUGGAAUAAGACAAAUAUAUUCAUGUGUAACUAAUGGACCUGUUAUGCAUAUAAUUGAAUAUUAA